UUAGCACUCGUGGACAUCCCGUGGAACUCCAGGCUGUGGCUCUGGGAUCCACCGGCUACAUCUAGCUGUCUGAGGCAGUGGAGAGUGAAGAAAAUGUUGCCCCUCCUGGCUCUGGGGCUCUUGGUGGCCGGGGUCUGCCCUGCUGUCCUCUGCCACCCGGGCGGCACACUUGACCAGGAGAACGUGACCCUGGAGGACCAGGACAAUGGGACGCGUGUGGACAAUCUCGGAUUAGCCUCCAGCAACACAGACUUUGCCUUCAGCCUCUACAGGCAGUUGGCUUUGAAGAACCCUAAUAAGAAUGUCAUCUUCUCCCCACUGAGCCUCUCUAUAGCCUUGGCCUUCCUGUCCCUGGGGGCCCGCGGCACCACGCUGGCGGAGCUUCUCAAAGGCCUCAAGUUCAACCUCACGGAGACCUCAGAGGUGGAAAUUCACCGGAGUUUCCAGCGCCUCCUGCGCACCCUCAACCAGCCCAGCGACCAGCUGCAGCUGAGCACGGGCAAUGCCCUGUUCAUCGAAGAGCAGCUGCGUCUGCUGGACAGGUUCGCGGAGGACGCCAAGGGGCUGUACGCCUCCGAGGCCUUCAAAGCCAACUUCCAGGACUCUGCCGCUGCCGAGAAGGUCAUCAAUGACUACGUGGAGAAGAAAACCCAGGGGAAAAUCGUAGAUCUGGUCAAGGAGCUUACUCCAAGGACAGUGAUGGUCCUGGUGAAUUAUGUCUUCUUUAAAGCCAAGUGGAAGACGCCCUUUGACCCCCAUGAUACUUUCAAGUCAAGAUUUUACUUGAGCAAGAAGAAGUGGGUGAUGGUGCCCAUGAUGAACAUCGAGGACCUGGACGCACCCUACUUCCGGGACGAGGAGCUGUCCUGUACGGUCGUGGAACUGAUGUACACAGGCAACGCCAGCGCGCUCUUCAUCCUCCCUGACAGGGGCAAGAUGAAGGACGUGGAAGCCAAGUUGCUCCCGGAGACCCUGAGGCGGUGGAGAGACUCGCUGCAGAUCAGACAUAUAGAUAGCCUCCGCCUGCCGAAGUUUUCCAUCUCGGGUGACUAUAAUCUGAAAAACAUACUUCCCCUGCUGGGCAUUAGGGAAGUCUUCACCAAGGAGGCCGACCUGUCAGGGAUCACGGGGGCCAAGAACCUCGUGCUCUCCCAGGUGGUCCACAAGGCCGUACUGGAUGUAGCUGAGGAGGGCACAGAAGCAGCUGCUGCCACAGGAAUCAAAAUGGUCCCCAUGUCUGGAAGAAUGGACCCGAUGUUAACUCUGAAUUUCAACUUCCCCUUUCUGCUGAUCCUCCAAGACAAGGACUUGGACAACAUCCUCUUUAUGGGCAGAAUUAGAGAGCUCUAGUAAGCCUAGAGCUCCCCUCCAAGCAGUGGGGGUCCCGCUAAGGAGCCGGGAAUGGAAGCCGGGUGCCGGGUCUCUGGGCAUAGCCUGGUUCUGUCUGCUCAUCCUUAGGAAGGUGACAGUGACUGCCUGUGUGGCUUCCACAUGCAUAGGCAGCCUCCUGACAGCAAUAAACUGUCUUCCUUGUACUGGA